AUGUAUGUCACUUUUAAUGAAGCUUUGGAUAGCUCUUUUGGUAAUCUAGAGAGUCCGAACCAUGAUUUCAAGGUAGGUGACCCUAACAUGGUGCCAACGCCCCCUAUGGAUUCAGAUUCUGCGGCUAUCAGUCUGGCUUUCUUAAUAAGUCUUUCUAUUACGUUUGCGAUAUUGAUGCUCAUCUUGGUAGUAAUAGCAGCUUAUGUUACCUUUUGUGGUGAUGAUGAAUCGGAAUACGACGAAGAGAAUGCCCUAGGCACACGAACAUCAGGGACUUUGCAUUCUUUAUUUGGUAAAAAACAUAGUGGUAUCUUGUUGGAUUCGAGUUUUGCAUCCCCUGGUGGGUUUGAUGAUGAGAUUGUUCUUCAGGAAAGAGAACUUGAAGAGUUACCAAAGAUGUCCGCGUAUGAAGUUGAGUUGUACAUAAGAGCGAAAGAGUUUCAGAUGAUGAGCCCGCCAAUGGUGAAGGAAUUUGGCACGUAUUUGGAUAAUGAUGACCAGCAGUUUAUUAAGGAUCGCGGAAUUCAAAGCUACUUUUUGCUGCCCAGCAUUAAUGAUAAUAUAGACGAGUAUGGGAACUUUCUACCCAGUUUUAUUGUUCAAGAUAAACUAGAUAUUCAAUUUUCAAAAUUCAAUAAGAGCUCAUCCACUGUAAUGAAUUAUCCUCUACCCCAUAAUAGAAAGGACGCGGUAUACUUCGAAGUUAAGAUUUUCAGGCACAUUCAAAAAUCCAAUAGUAUAUUCAGUAUAGGUUUGACUACUGUACCUUAUCCUUACUUCAGGGUACCAGGCAUGGCCAAAUACUCCAUUGCUUACGAGUCUACUGGAAAACUGAGAAUAAAUAACCCCUUUACUGCCAGCACGUUAUUACCAAAAUUGGAAGAAGGUGAUACGGUGGGAUUCGGUUACAGAUAUAAGACAGGUACAAUCUUCAUUACACAUAAUGGGAAAAAAUUAAUGGACGUAACACAAAAUAUUGGCAUCGAUCUUUUCAUUGGAAUUGGCGCGUUUAAUGCUGCAUAUACAAGAACAUAUACGAGGGAUGGUCUAUUGGAAGACCCGGAUAACAUUAGCUUCCGUGAAGCUCUCUCCGAAGGUAAAGAUAUUGAAGUCGCCAAGGAUCUUCAAAGAGUUCACGAUCCGCAUAAUGAAAGUGAUGAAAUGACGUCGGAUGAGGUUGAAUUACAUGUUAAUUUGGGUCAAGUUGGAUUCGUCUUUAUAGAAGCCAAUGUGAAAAAAUAUGCAUUUGGGAGUGUUUAUGGCCAAAUUGGGAUUCCUCCUGCGUAUAAUGGAACUGAGAUUAACAAGGACACCAUUUUGCAAAGAGGAGAAGAGCUUCCACCAAGAUAUGCGGAUGCUGAUAAUUUCUUCGGUAGUAUGAAAAUUAAAGAGGGGUCAUCCUCUGGAAUAAUAGGGCAAACAAGUAGGCCCCCGCGAUCUGUUGGGACGUAUGAAAGAAUCUCUUCUAAUUUUGACAGAGAAAAUAAUGUCUACGACGAUAGUAACGCUAACAAUAAUGCUAACAAUAAUGACGAAAAUGCUGAAUACAGCGAAACUUCUCCGUUAUUGGAAGAUGAUAGUAAUAAAAGAUCCAGAAAUUCAAAUACCCCCCAUGAACUCUCUGAUGGAGCUAUCAAUAAGAACUCUAAAAAUAAAUCUACCAAAAAACGUCAAAAAAACAGAGGCAAAUCUUCUAAAAGGAAGAAGAGAUCGAGAAAAUAA